UUCCUUCUACCUCCCGGCAGAUGGCCUGCUACCAGCUUGAGCCACGGUGACCUAUUUGAGUAUAUCUAUCGCUUUUUAUUGUUCUAAUACGAGUAUAAGUCUUUUAGAGCUGUGUCGUUUUGAUGAAUACUUCAAAGCAAGAGAGGAUGAACGCUGCAUGGUGACUCUGGAUGCUUUCGAAUGACGCGAAUCUCUUCGCGUGCUCGAUAUCGGAUUCGACGCUACUACUGGUGGAUGGUGUUGAUGUGUCCUAGAAUUUCCUGCUAUUCUAUUAUGAGGCCAAUUCUUUCCAUAUAUACACAUUUACGUUGGAUAUGUCUAACCUCUCCUAUUCUCUGGUUCAUCGCCAUGUUGCUUCGGAAGAGGUGUGAACUGGCUACCGAGGUAAAAGGCAACCAAGGAAAUGCAUCUCCUAUCCACGGAAGACACAAAAUCCCUUUUAUUCUUUAUAAUCCAGCACUUGUCCAGUGUAUGGAACUACAAUGUAGAACCCUGCGAAGACGCGUCUGCGACCCUUGACAGCACUCUCUAGCUCUGGCGCACGCCACUUACGCCCAGAUAGGUCAAUUCUUUUGGAAUUGGAUGGACUACAGGAGCAAGGCACCUCCCCCGAUCUUAGGGUUUGUCAUGGACUUCUCGGCUGACAUUUAUUGUACAG